GGAGCCCGAAAGGUUGCGCAAGAUCGCACAUGGAGGCCGAGCGCAAGCCGCUGCCAUGGCGCCCGUAUGUAGUGUUGCUCCUCAGUGGCGCCACCAAGGACGAGAAGGCCUGUCUCGAUCGACUCCAGGACGUGCUCAGUGGCGCUCUCACGCCCCGCGAGCGCAGUGUCUUCAAGGUUGUCACCCGCACCGACCUCGGCAACUUCAAGGACCAUGCACCUGCCGACGUCCUCGCUGGUGCGUUCCACGCGCUCAUUGAGAAGGAUCGCACCGAGUACGUCCAAGCCAACGCUGCCAAGUUUGUGAGCAAGCAGAAAGUCCCCGCGGUCUUGGACCGCGACGUUCGGCUCGCGUCCAGCCGAGGGACCAUGGUCGACUCGGCCAGAGGCCAGGCCAUGACGGUGGCAGCGCCAGUCGAUGCGAUUACAAUGCCUCCCACGGAUUGCGUCGACGAUGACAUGCUGAGUGCAGCUCAAGCGGCGCUGGAGCACGACGCCCGCGACGGCGCGCCUUCGCACAUUUAUGUCCUCUUCGACUACCCGGCGUCGGUCGCCGAAGUGCGCGGUCUCAUUACCUACAAGAUGACAGGCACCGAGGGGCCCAAGGGCGUUGCGCUCUCGGCGCUCGUCGACAGCGUCGUGUCCGUGGUCUUUCCACUCCGCGCGACGCUGCGACCGUCGCCCGUCGUGCUAGCGCCAGAAGAGCUCCCCAAGCCCGUCGUUCCCGAGUCCAAGCUUGUUGAACCACCGGCCAAGCUUCCUGCCAAAGGCGGCAAGCAGAAAGCGCCGUCACCGUCGCCCGAACCUGACGUCGUCGCACCCGUCGUCGCGGCGCCGGUGGUCGAGGUCCCCGUCGAGCUACCUGGAGAAGGCAAGCUGCACAAGGAUCUCGUGGCGGCGGCGGCCGUCGGCGGAGUCGAGUGGACGGACUUUUCGUUUUCGACACUGCACUGCGCGACCGAGGCGGGCGAGCCUCGCACGAUGGUGACGCUGACAAAGGAGCUCAAGCAGAUGCUCACGGACAUUGCGGUCGCGAAAUGUGCGUUCAAGCAGUGGCUCAGUACGGUCAACAUCGUCGACGUACCAUACGAAGUGCCGGGCCGCCCCCUCGAGCAACUCUUGCGCACCUACAACGAGCUUCUGGACCCGAUUUACGAGCCGAGCGUCGGCGUCGCGGGCAUCCUUAUGGCCAUGAAGGAAUCGAUCUUUCGCGUCAGCUCCAAGGACCGGCGCGUCGCACCGCCACCGACAGUACGCACGUCAGCAUGGAACCGCUUGACAUGA